AAAUAAAUUCCAAUAUACAACACAAAAAGGUAUAUAUUUUAUCCCAAAUCUCUUUGGUUUUGCAGGUUUGAUUCUACAGAGGCGGUUAUGUGUCCAGUUUCAGAUGGACAGUGGCACAGAGGGAGUAGCCUGCUAUUUUAUAAAACAGCGAGGCAACCCUAAAUUAUUGACAGAUGCUGCUGUGACUUUCUUAUAGGUUGUGGUGAGUGAAGAGAUGAAACAUUAAAAAUAUGCAACCUACACGUUCAAAUGUCAGUUUGGACAGUCAGCACAGAGCUAUUACACUUAACCUCAGGCAAACAUGAGCUUAAGCCACAAAGAGAAAAACACAUUACGCAGCGGGAUCACUGGCGUACAUGAGAAGUCACGACUACACUCUUUCUCAGGUAGUCAUCUACAGCAACCCACAAUUUAUGCAUUUAUUCAUUUGGUUACUCGGUGUUUUCACUUGCGGAGUUUCCAGAGGGACACAGGCUCUAUCAGGGAACAUUUGAAGAAGACGUGUCAUGGCAAGUCUUUUUCUGUUUGUGUGUGUCAGACUGGCAGACAGAUUAGCAGCAGCACAGCACACUUCCACAUAACUACUGAGGCAGCAUGAAGCACUUUGUCAGUGCAGGGGUUAAACUGAAUUAUACCCACAUACACUUCAUCCUCAGACAGUAUGCACUCAUGUAAGCCAUCUCUCAAUGAAGCUGAAAUUCUUCCAGAACUUUUCCUUUUUUUUUUUCUCGAGCAGCCACGCACGAACAGCCUUUGUAUUACAUGGUACAAGAACCUUGAUGGUCCUCAAAGGGGGAGAGAGCAUGCAGCCUGAAAUCCCGCCUCAAUGUGGGCGAUGACGUCACAUAUUUAAGGAGUCAGGGAUCGGCUGUCCUCCAUUCAGAUGAGUCAAACUUGACCGGUGGACUUUUCCAGCUGAUACAUCCUCAUCGAACUGGCUCUUUGAUAAAAGGUCUCCCGACGAUGAUGGAGCUAAUGACAGCUUCCCCUUUCUAUUACGUCAAUGCAUCAGAUGCAACUGUCAACGGCACUGGAAAUGACAAUGACAGUGAGUACGUCCACACUGAGCUGAGGCAGUAUCUCAACACCAUGUCUCUCAUUGUUUACUCCCUGGCCUUCUUUCUUGGUGUGCUUGGGAAUGGAGUGGUUAUCUGGGUGACCGGGUUCAAGAUGAAGAAAACAGUUAACACCGUUUGGUUCCUCAACCUUGCUGUGGCCGACUUCCUCUUCACCGCGUUCCUGCCGCUGAGUGUGACAUACACAGCUAUGGAUUUCCACUGGCCUUUUGGCAAGUUCAUGUGCAAACUGAACAGCACUAUAAGCUUUCUGAACAUGUUUGCCAGCGUCUACAUUCUGAUGGUGAUCAGUGUGGACAGAUGUGUUUCCGUGGUGUGGCCCGUCUGGGCCCAGAACCACAGAAGUGUACACAAGGCAUCUAGUGUGAGUGUGUGUGUUUGGGUACUGGCUCUGAUUCUCAGUGCUCCAUUCUUUGUCUUCAGGGACACUGGACCAUCGUAUGACAAUGUUGAAAUCAUCAACUGCUUCAACAACUUUGCUUUUUCUGAUGAUUAUGAAACACCAUCAGUGAAUCGGCUGCGACAGUUUCGUCAUCAGGCCAUUACCAUCACCCGCUUCCUGCUGGGAUUUGUUGUCCCCUUCACUGUCAUUGUCUCCUGUUAUGCUGUAAUAAUCCAUCGUCUCAGGAGAAACCGCACCCUGGCCAGCCAGUCCAGUCGUCCCUUUAAGAUCAUUGCUGCUGUUAUCACCACGUUUUUCCUGUGCUGGGCUCCAUAUCACAUCAUGGCUCUAAUUGAGUUGGUGAAUCAUAUGGCUACUCAUUCAAGUGAAAUAUUAGACCAUGUCAUCACUAUCGGAGUCCCUAUAUCAACCAGCCUGGCCUUUCUCAACAGUUGCCUGAACCCACUGCUGUAUGUGUUCAUGGGCCAAGAUUUCAAGGAUAAAGUCCGCAAAUCCAUCCUGAACGUGCUGGAGACUGCCUUCCAGGAGGAGGUUUCUCGCUCUUAUACCUACACAAACUCAAUGGUCACCAGUCGGAGCAAAGAGAAGUCUGUUUCUGAUGCUGAGGUUUAAGCUUGUCCGUGACAUGGAUCAUUAAGUACUGGAACUGUGCAUUGGAAAUGUAACUGUAUAUAACAAAAACCUCUUUGUUAACUUUUGUUGUCUUACUUUCAAGAUUAUCUGCAUACAUGAUCUCAGACUGAAAGAUUUCACCUGAUACAGUUUAAUGAUACAGAUUAAUAUGAGUUUAAUGAGUGGAGAAAAGAGCUGUGCGCCUUAACUUCACCUGCAGUCCUUACAAUAUGUUAGGGCGCACAGAUGGUGACACUGUACAAUAAGCUGUAGGUCCACAUGUGAUGCUUAUGCAGGAUAAAGCAUUUUGAAAUGGUGGAAAGUCGAAAUGUUUUCUUUUUUACAAGGGGACAAAAGAAAGAAUACAGAAACCCAGACUGAAUGACCCAUUGACCCAGUGGCUUCAUUUAUCUUUGAAGUAACAAUAGUGCUUCUUCACUAUGCAGUCCUGUUGUGAGCUGUACUGAGUGGAUAUGUAACAUACCAUUAAUUUUGACAAGAGAAACUGCUCAUCAGACUGUUACAUCAGUUUAUGGUGGAAUUUGUGCAACAUAAGAUUUGGUUGACAAAUGUGACUGACACAUAUACAGUCCAGCUUUUGCCUAUGUCUGUCUGUAUGUGGCAGCAUAGAAUACAAAGAAACUGCACAAAGUCCCCGUUGUUUAUUAGUUCUAAUUAUUCAACGCUAGUAAGUGUAGUUUGACAAAAGGCACCCACCUUUCUUGCCACAGAAUAGACAGCUGUGCUAGGAUGGAAACUGAUGUAUGGAAGGUUUAACUGAAUAAAUAAUCUGCAAUGUGAAAUAGUGUUGCUGAACCACUGCACGAACAGCCUUAUGGUAAGUUGAUUUCCCAACUUCCCCUUCACACCCAACUUAAUCCAGCGACUGAUCCACAGGACCACAAAGUCCAUCUCUGGCUACAUAUAAAUUGAAAGUGAAGUGGUCAUUUACACUAGGCUUGGUGUAACUCAUUUAGUCUAUAUAGUAAUGUGUUUGUAAGUUAAUCACUGUAUAAAGUGUAUUUCUAGCUGACUUUUGACUGCUACAUGUUUACUGCAUGCUACGUGUUACUCACAUUUGUUAUUCAGAACAAGGACAGGCUAAUGUAAGCAAAAUAAAUAUGAUAGUGACAAUGAGAUUAUUAUGCUAAAGAAGCAGGUGCAUAGUAUAAGCUACUUGGCUUCAUUUGAUGUUUUGAUUAAUGUGUGUGUGUAUGUGUGUGUGGGGGAUUCAAUGAGAAUUCAAUGUAUGAUUUCUCUCCCUGUUUUCCUGUUUAUUUCAGAUCUAACAUUAAAAAGUGUUUUCAUAUCAACUGAUCUGCAAUUUUUCUCAGUUCUUUCCUCAAUUAAUCAUACAGCCUAUAAAGAAAGUGAAAAUUGUCCUUUCCAAGGUGAUAUCUUCAGGUGUCCCAACAAUAUCCCAUUUUCCAUUUUACAAAAAAUCGACAUAUUCGCAUUUUCAAAACUAGAACCAGUCAAGAUCAAUCACUAAUCAAGCUUUCUCUGGAUUAAUUUUCUGUCGAUGGCCUAAUCCAACUGAAACACUUCAGAUACACAUUUAUUCUGUGUACUAUAGGUGACGUAACAUGAACACGAACUCUCUAUAAAGGUUUUUAUUCUAAUGUAAACAAUGUAAAUGAUAAUUUAAUUCCUUGUUGUUGAUGUUGUUGAUGUUGAUGUUGUUGAUAGUGUUGUUGGUCAGUCAUCGUGGCCAACUCUACUGAGAGUUAAUAAUUGCUGAUAAUGAUGAUGACUGUUAUGGUGAUUAUUAGUUCCAAUGUUAAAAUGUUAUUGACUGUUUUUCCACUUUAUCUGGUAUAUCUGUAGAUAUGUGUAUCUACAUAUCAGAUAGGCCACACAACUUACUGAAUUUAAUCCCUGAUAACAAUUUGUUACUAACAAGUCACAAGAUGAACACAUACUAUUCUACUGUAAAUUGUUUUCUUUAUUACAGACUUUGGCCAGUAGAGAAAGCUGUUUUCCAUGUCAGGAGCUUCUCAGCUGAGGGUGUUCAAUGUCAUUUAAAUGUGUGUUGUGAUGACCCUGAAGAAGAUCUCAAGUUGAAACACAUUGGCCUCAUGAUUAAGUUGUUUUUUAUGCUUAAGUGUUGCCUGAGUUUUUGACCUCGUCAGAUGUUUCUCUUCACCCUGAACCCUGGAAGUAGAUGAAGUUGUGCCAGAAAUCCCAACUCUGCUUUUCACAUCAAAGACAUCACACUUCAGAGGGGAAAUAAAACAAACCACUGGAGCACACACUGAUCUGCAGCCUUUAAUGAUUCAAACAGUACUACAAGUCUGUUUGCGCUAUUAAUGGCUACAAAUCAUUCAGCACAUUCCAGACCUUUUAAGUGUAUUUCUGUCAACUCAGGAAGUGGGUAAAACAUCAGUCAUUUGUUAUGUGUAAAUGUUAUAAGGAAGCUUAUUUUUGUGCCAAAGUCAGUUAUUAUCAGUAGCUUUAACAUUAUGUCUUUAUUGUAAUAAAAUUAUUUGGAUAAUA